ACAUGCACUUGCCAAUCUUCACAAGCAGCAUGCCCAAAAUAUUUACCCCUCUCUCUCUCUCUCUACAGCCAAAAUACAAAAAAUAUAUAUCACCAUGCAGGCUCAUGUUAGCAACAGUGAACUGCAGUGCAUGAGCUCGAGAUCUAUGAAAACUAGCUCAGAAAUUAGGAGGAACCCACUGGAGGUAGAAAGCAGUAGUACUGUUUUAGUGCAAAACCCUAGAGUUGAAACCAAGAUGGAGGAUGAUGGGGUUUUCUUGACAUGGGAGGACUUGUGGGUUACGGUUGCCGACGGAAAAAAUGGCAGCAGAUCCAUCCUUCAAGGUCUCACCGGCUACGCUCGCCCCGGGGAGGUCUUGGCUAUCAUGGGUCCAUCUGGCUGUGGCAAAUCAACCCUUCUUGAUGCCUUAGCUGGGAGAUUAGGCUCGAACAUAAGGCAAGCUGGCCAGAUUUUGAUUAAUGGUUGCAAACAAGCAUUGGCUUAUGGAACCUCGGCUUAUGUUACACAAGAUGAUACCUUAAUAACAACCUUAACCGUUAGAGAAGCAGUGUACUACUCUGCUCAGCUCCAACUACCAAACUCCAUGUCCAAAUCUGAGAAGAGGGACAGAGCAGAAAUGACCAUAAGAGAGAUGGGAUUGCAAGACUGUGUAAACACAAGGAUUGGAGGAUGGGGUGCUAAGGGUAUUAGUGGUGGGCAAAAGAGGAGAGUUAGCAUAUGCAUAGAGAUCCUAACACACCCUAAGCUUCUCUUCCUUGAUGAACCAACGAGCGGGCUUGACAGCGCCGCGUCAUACUAUGUCAUGAAACGAAUUGCAGAGCUCGAUCAGCAGGAUGGAAGGACUGUCAUCACUUCCAUUCAUCAGCCGAGCAGUGAAGUCUUCGCUUUCUUCCACAAUCUGUGUCUUCUCUCUUCCGGCAAAACCGUCUACUUUGGCCCUGCUAGCGCAGCAAAUGAGUUCUUUGCAUUGAAUGGCUUCCCUUGCCCAACGCUUGUGAAUCCAGCCGAUCACUUUCUUAAAACAAUCAACAAGGAUUUCGAUAAGGACAUUGAACAAGGUUCCGCCGGGAAGAUAUGGACUGAGGAAGCAAUUAAUGCUCUUAUAAACUCAUAUAAAUCAUCAAAUAGUUAUCCAGAAGUUAGAAGGCAAGUAGCUGAAAUAUGCAAACAGGGAGGUGGAGCUUUGAUGAAAAGAAGUCAUGCUAAUUUCCUUACCCAAUGCCUGGUUCUUACAAGGAGGUCUUUCGUGAACAUGUUUCGUGAUAUUGGCUACUACUGGCUUCGACUUGGUAUCUAUGUCAUAGUGGCCGCAGGUCUUGGCACCAUCUACUACAAUGUUGGCUUAAAUUAUAGUUCAAUACAGGCUAGAGGUGCAAUGCUUAUGUUUUGUGCUUCAUUCUUAACUUUCAUGGCCAUUGGUGGAUUCCCUUCAUUUGUGGAGGAUAUGAAGGUAUUUGAAAGAGAAAGAUUAAAUGGGCAUUAUGGUUCAGGUGCAUUUGCUAUCGGCAACACACUUUCUUCUAUGCCAUACUUGUUACUUAUAUCACUGAUUCCCGGAUCUAUUGCUUAUUUCCUCACCGGACUUCAAAGAGGAUACGAACAAUUCACCUACUUUGCUUUGGUGAUUUUCGCUUGUAUGAUGUUGGUAGAGAGCCUAAUGAUGAUUGUGGCAAGUGUAGUGCCUAAUUUCCUUAUGGGCAUAAUAACUGGUGCAGGGUUACAAGGGCUACUAAUAUUGGGUGGAGGGUUUUUUAGGUUACCAAAUGAUCUUCCUAACACAUUCUGGAGAUACCCUUUAUACUACAUUGCCUUCCACAAGUAUGCAUAUCAAGGAUUGUAUAAAAACGAGUUUGAAGGACUCAAAUUUCAUAGUAGUGAAACCGGAGCGACACAUAAAAUCACUGGUGAAUAUAUUCUGAGAGAGAGAUUUCAAGUGGAAAUAGGUUACUCCAAGUGGAUUGACCUUGCCAUUUUGUUAGGAAUGCUGGUUCUCUAUAGGUUGAUUUUCUUCAUUAUGGUGAAGAUGGCUGAGAAGGUUAAGCCUGCUAUUAGGGCAUUCAUGUCUGUGGCACCAAAACAGAAGACACAAGUCAUGGUGAAUCCCUAUGCUACACCUUUACAUUAAGAAAGUGUGAUAGUAUAAUUUUCCUAGUUGUAUGGAGAGGGGGACAUCGUUCUUACUGCUGCGAAUGAUGUGUCAUGAUAUUACUAGAUCAUCGUGCCCUUUUAUAAUAUAUUAAUAUUAUUGUCCAAUCAUAUCAUGACGGGGAGUUUCUCCUCCAGCAUUAGGUUGCAAAUCUUGUUCAUAUUAUAUAUGUAUUGAUAUUGCAUCCUGGUUAAAAGGAUUAAUUAUGAAAGUUAACUGUUUUUAUUGCUUCA